GCGCACUGCGUACCGGGGACAGGCUUGUUUUCCCAGGCGCCGCGGCGGCUUUGUGCUCGUCGUCUCCCUCCGUGGCUUCUCUCCGUUGGAUGCUCGGUGCUGCUGUCUGCGCUCUCGGCGGCCGUAAUGGCGAAUCGUUUCUCCUCCUGAGCGAAUGCAACGGUCCUUGGCCUGCCGCCACCGCGUCUCGCACGGGGUUUUCCAGCACCGCCGAGUGCGAUCAUAAACAAGGCCGAGCAACCCCGAAACGGAGUAAGGUUUACCUCCGCGACAAAGAGCCGGGAGAGCUUCAUCUCGCUAUAGCUUUGCCCCCCGCUAGCCACCACCGGGCGAGGUGCAGCCGCUCCGCCGAGCUCCGAGCCCCGAGCUCCGCUGGAGGCUUGUAAUGUGGCAGCUUGGCAUGCUUCUUGGGUGAAGGGUUUCUCGCCCCUGUCUGGCUCGCGGGCAGCGGUAGUUCGUGGGACCCAGCAGCCUCCUCGGGUAGCUAACUUAGCCGCUUGGCUAGCUGGCUCGCUGCGUGGAUCGUCGCUUCUUCCAGCCGCCUUGUGGAAAGUCUCCACCGGGGCUUCGACAGCCGUCCCCGGCCGAGGCUGCUGCUGCCACCGCCGCCACCGCUAAUUCGAAUAACCGAGCGAUGAUGGAAGGAGUCGGAGCGAGAGUGGUCCGCGGACCCGACUGGAAGUGGGGGAAGCAGGACGGCGGAGAGGGGCACGUCGGCACGGUGCGGAGCUUCGAGAGCCCGGAGGAGGUGGUGGUGGUCUGGGAUAACGGGACGGCCGCCAACUACCGCUGCUCCGGGGCUUACGAUGUCCGGAUACUGGACAGUGCUCCAACAGGCAUCAAGCACGACGGCACCAUGUGUGACACCUGCCGACAGCAGCCCAUUAUCGGCAUCCGCUGGAAGUGCGCCGAGUGCACCAAUUACGACCUGUGCACAACCUGUUACCAUGGAGACAAGCAUCACCUGAGACACCGCUUCUACCGGAUCACCACCCCGGGCAGUGAGAGAGUGCUUCUGGAGUCCCGACGCAAAUCCAAGAAAAUCACAGCCAGAGGGAUCUUCACCGGCGGCCGGGUGGUGAGAGGAGUGGACUGGCAGUGGGAGGACCAGGACGGAGGCAAUGGAAGGAGAGGAAAGGUGACGGAGAUCCAGGACUGGAGCGCCGCCAGCCCUCACAGCGCCGCCUACGUUCUGUGGGACAACGGCGCCAAGAACCUGUACCGGGUGGGCUUCGAGGGGAUGUCGGACCUGAAAUGUGUGCAGGACGCCAAGGGAGGCUCGUUUUACAGAGACCACUGUCCCGUCUUGGGCGAGCAGAACGGGAACAGAAACCCCGGCGGCCUCCAGAUCGGAGACCUGGUCAACAUCGACCUGGACCUGGAGAUCGUGCAGUCGCUGCAGCACGGCCACGGGGGCUGGACCGACGGCAUGUUCGAGACCCUCACCACCACCGGCACGGUGUGCGGCAUCGACGAGGACCACGACAUCGUGGUCCAGUACCCCAGCGGGAACAGGUGGACGUUCAACCCCGCCGUGCUGACGAAGGCCAACGUGGUGCGCAGCGGCGAGGUGGCGGCCGGUGCGGAGGGCGGCAGCUCGCAGUUCCUGGUGGGAGACCUGGUGCAGAUCUGCUACGACAUCGACCGCAUCAAGCUGCUGCAGCGAGGCCACGGAGAGUGGGCCGAGGCCAUGCUGCCCACCCUGGGCAAGGUGGGCCGCGUGCAGCAGAUCUACUCCGACAGCGACCUGAAGGUGGAGGUGUGCGGCACCUCGUGGACGUACAACCCCGCCGCCGUCACCAAGAUCGCCCCGUCCGGCUCGGCCGUCAGCAACGCCUCCGGAGAGCGCCUGUCUCAGUUGCUGAAGAAACUCUUCGAGACUCAGGAGUCCGGAGACAUCAACGAGGAGCUGGUCAAGGCCGCGGCCAACGGAGACCUGGCCAAGGUGGAGGACAUCCUGAAGAGGCCCGACGUGGACGUGAACGGGCAGUGUGCUGGACACACCGCCAUGCAGGCCGCCAGUCAGAACGGCCACGUGGACGUCCUGAAGCUGCUGCUCAAACACAACGUGGACCUGGAGGCUGAGGACAAAGACGGCGACCGGGCGGUGCACCACGCCGCCUUCGGGGACGAGGGCUCCGUCAUCGAGGUGCUGCAGAGGGGCGGGGCCGACCUGAACGCCAGGAACAAGCGGAGGCAGACUCCCUUACACAUUGCUGUCAAUAAGGGCCACCUACAGGUGGUGAAAACACUGCUGGACUUUGGCUGCCACCCCAGCCUCCAGGACUCGGAGGGCGACACGCCGUUGCACGACGCCAUCAGUAAGAAGAGAGACGACAUGCUGUCGGUCCUGCUGGAGGCCGGCGCCGACGUCACCAUCACCAACAACAACGGCUUCAACGCCCUGCACCACGCCGCCCUGCGAGGAAACCCCAGUGCCAUGCGCGUGCUGCUGUCCAAGCUGCCCAGGCCGUGGAUCGUGGACGAGAAGAAGGACGACGGCUACACCGCGCUGCACCUGGCCGCGCUCAACAACCACGUGGAGGUGGCCGAGCUCCUGGUGCACCAGGGCAACGCCAGCCUGGACAUCCAGAAUGUGAACCAGCAGACGGCGCUGCACCUGGCGGUGGAGCGCCAGCACACGCAGAUCGUCCGGCUGCUGGUGCGGGCCGAGGCCAAGCUGGACGUGCAGGACAAGGACGGGGACACGCCGCUGCAUGAGGCGCUGCGUCACCACACGCUCUCCCAGCUGCGGCAGCUCCAGGACAUGCAGGAUGUCAGCAAAGUGGAGCCCUGGGAGCCCUCCAAGAACACGUUAAUCAUGGGCCUGGGCACCCAGGGAGCGGAGAAGAAGAGCGCAGCGUCCAUCGCCUGCUUCCUGGCCGCCAACGGGGCCGACCUGACCAUUCGCAACAAGAAGGGCCAGUCUCCCCUGGACCUGUGUCCCGACCCCAGCCUCUGCAAGGCCCUGGCCAAAUGCCACAAAGAGAAGAGCAGUGGGCAGGUCGGCACCCGCAGCCCGUCUCUCAACAGCAACAUGGAGUCUCUGGAGGAGUGCAUGGUGUGCUCCGACAUGAAGCGCGACACGCUGUUCGGGCCGUGCGGACACAUCGCCACCUGCUCGCUGUGCUCGCCGCGCGUCAAGAAGUGUCUGAUCUGCAAGGAGCAGGUCCAGUCCAGGACUAAGAUCGAGGAGUGUGUGGUCUGCUCCGAUAAAAAGGCCGCCGUCUUGUUCCAGCCCUGUGGCCACAUGUGCGCUUGUGAGAACUGUGCCAGCCUCAUGAAGAAGUGCGUACAGUGCCGGGCUGUGGUGGAACGCCGCACGCCCUUCGUCCUGUGCUGCGGAGGGAAAGGUAUGGAGGAUGAUGCCGCUGAUGAUGAUGAUGAUGAUGAUGAUGAUGAUGAUGAUGACCUUACAGGGAGCUCUAACACUAUGGCAGGGGGGUCGCAGGAUCUUCUCCAGCCCAACAAUCUGGCUCUAAGUUGGUCCAGUGGAAACAUCCCGGCCCUGCAGAGAGACAAAGACAACACCAACGUCAACGCAGACGUGCAGAAGCUGCAGCAGCAGCUCCAAGACAUCAAGGAGCAGACCAUGUGUCCGGUGUGUCUGGACCGGCUGAAGAACAUGAUCUUCAUGUGCGGUCACGGCACCUGUCAGCUGUGCGGCGACCGGAUGAGCGAGUGUCCCAUCUGCCGCAAGGCCAUCGAGCGCCGCAUCCUCCUCUACUAGUCCGCCGGGGGCCCCCCACCCCCUCCCCCCCACAGACUGUCCUGUCUGCUCCACAUCCACCGCGCCCGCCUCGCCUCGCCUCGCCACAUCCUCACCAGCUGCCGCCGUCGCCCUGCUCCUCGCAGCCGGCCGCUGUCGGACUGCGUCCCAUUGGAGUCUCUGUUACUCAGACCAGCUCUCUGCGUCCUCCGUUCUCUCUCUCUCUCUCUCUCUCUCUCUCUCUCUCUCUCUCUCUCUCUCUCUCUUCUCCUGGUGACGUUUUGGCACGGAGAACCCGAGGGCGCCGUGUCGCUGUUACGACGUCGUUGCGUCUCGUCUUCUCGAACUCUUUCCCUGGAAGUGGAUCUUAAGAGCUGAUUUUUCUCGCCUGGCUCCGUUGUUUUGGUUUGUUUUGUUUUGUUUUCAGCUCCUCGUCGGCCGCCUGGCUCUCAGUCGUCGCACUUGAAGACCAAAUGUUGGCAGUUUUUUUUUUUUUUUUUUUUUAAUUUGUUGCACUAGAAAAGCUGAGUCGACGUCGGGCGUCCGCCCCGCCAGGUAGCAGCCUCCACACAGAGUGUGUUUACCGAGCUGGAACCGCUGAUCUCUAGAAGUCAGCCAGCGGACUGCACAGGUUCACCGUCUCUCACACAGUCAGGUGGGAAAACCGAUGUGGUUUAUAACGGUUCUGAAGCGGUGUCUGCCGGGACCUGGCUGCCACGGCAGUGAUCGGAUCUCUCGUUCACCUCCAUCAGAUUAACCUCACAGCGCUCAGAUUAGCUGUAAAUCUGUAGAAAGUGUCAAAUUGUGACCAAACACAAGGAUCCACGACAGCGAUGGUGACUAAUCUAAACAAAAUGACAAAUGAAAUGUUUAUUUUUAAUCCAAAUGCAGCUGCUUCAUAUCUUUACCAUGAUAUAAUUGUGCAAUUUCAAAUUAAAUUAGCUCAAAAUCAUUUUAUAGUUUGUUAAAUAUGAGGAGCGAUGUCAACAGAAACUCGAGUCUGGAGUAAAUUAUCAAUCCCAACCAAUAGAAACAUGUUCCUGGUAAAAAAUCCAACAAUCCAAUCCAAUCUCUUGAAAACCCUCUGAUCUCCCAGUAAUGUUUUUUAACUUGCGAGUGAAACGCUCUGAACUGAGCCGGCCCGUCGAACCCGGUUAGUUUUAUGCGGAUGAAGCAUAUCCGAGAAGCCAUAAGUCCGACUGGAAGACGCUGCGCUCAGUCCUCCUGCACGUGGAGCAGACUUGAAGCAGUUUGGUCCUUCAUCGCCGCGCCGCUCCCCCGGAAUCGAAGCGUUUACAGUCGGAGAGAGAUCGCUCUGAUCGGAGCUUCCCACCAAAGCGUAACAGUAUUACGGCGAAGCGUCCGGCUCGGGCCGUGUUUCUCCCCCCGGCUGUAUUCUGACCGGAGUCUCCUCUUCGUCCUGGUUUUGGCACAUGCACAAGUUUCAGAGGGCGGAGCCAGACGGGUCGGCCGGCGCCGUUUCCUCUGUCCCUGUGAAAGCUGGACAAACGUUUCUGCGACAUCCGCUUAAAAAAAACAAAAAAAAAAAACGACUUGUUUGGGGACAAGGUGCUCUUUAUCUCCUUUAAUUAUUGUUUUAAUUUAAGUGUAUCUUUUUUUUUCUUCUCACAAAAGCAACAUUUAUGAAACUACAGUACAAUCUGCUAGAACACUAAAAUGUAGAGUAAAUUAUUUGGCCCGGCGGCCCGGGCGUUAGGGCCUUUAGGUUGUCACUGCCUUCCUACGAUGUAGCCUCAAAGUCUCCCGUCUUCUGUCCAUCGUCAGGAGUUCCUCUCCUCCUCCGGAAGUCAGACCGAAAGUAUCUUUUCACCAGUGUUUUUUGUUUUUUUCUUUCUUCAGGAGGGAAAAAUAAUGAUUUUCUACGACAGGACUCGCCUUACUUCUUUUAAAAAUAAAACAAGAAAAAGAAAGGCUCGCUUACGUCGCUACGUGGAAGUCUGCAACCGCUGUUUUUUUUUUUUUUUUUCAAAGACUGAAAUCUUUUUUUUUUGGGCUGUUUGGAUUCUCAGAUCACGAUGACACUUAAAGCUAGAAGCACUAAUAACGCUUUCAUGGUAGUGUUGUCUUAUUUGUGUGUGUGCGCGCGUGUGUGUGUGUGUGUGUGGGAGGGCGGGGGGUUUAAAAAAAAAGCCUAUUUUCUACUUUUUAUUUUCAAUACCUGUAUAACUUGUCCCGUCGGAAAUGUAUCGGUAGUAUUUUGUAUUUUUUUUUUCCUUUGGCAUGAAUGUUUGAAAUAUGCAGUACGACGAGUACCGUUGAGAUCCGUUCAGUCUGUAUUGCUAACAAAGUGCUUUUAAAAAACAACCGUAUAGCUGAAAUAAAGUUCUAAAUGAACCCAGA